UUUCGCAAAAGACGCCAUAAAUUAACAGUGACGUCACCUUUGUUUGCGAUAGACGCGAUGUUGUGCUUGGAAUUUACCUCAAAACCCGAGCAAAUAGUGUGAAUUUCUGGUGAAAAACUGUGCAAAAGUGUAUCUAAAGUCCCCAUUCAGAGUGAUAAGAAAAAGGAAAACAGAGUGAAGAGAGUGUGGAAGAUCGUCAGGAGACCACGCAAUGGAUACAGUUUCGCCACCGCAAACGCGUUCGCGGUCGCGCUCGAAGACUCCCUUCGUGCCCACGAUCGCAGACCGAGAUAACAUGAAGGAUGCUGAGAAUGGGGAUCAGAAGCAGGAUAAGAAGCGAUCGCCUGUUCGCAAGGAACCUACAGUUCAGACAAUUCUGGAAGAAAAUGAACCCAGUCAAACACCUCCAAAGAGGUCAAAGAGAGAGACAAAGUCCUCAAAUGUUUCUCCAGUUGAGGGUUCCAGUGGCAAAAGCCAACAGAGUAGUGUUUCUAGUAGCACCACCGUCAAAGUGACAUCAACGACAAAAGUCGUGACGCGCGGAGAAGCCUCAAAUUCUAAAUCUAUAUCCUCCUCCCAAGAAUCCUCCAUUGAAGCCUUGAAGCGCGAUGCUGUAAAUCAAAAGGAAUUCAAUCGGGGCUUAGAGGGUAGUCAGAAGAAGAUUAGUACCCCGAGGAAUAACAAAGGUCCCUCUUCAUCGUCAUCUGUGCUUCUUGGGAACCUCAAUGGUGAUCUCAGUGAACAUGUAGCAUACAAGGAAUACAGAGAUGCCGGAGAGUAUUGGAACAAAUAUCCCAAAACUGACUACACUUACAGCAAACUCUCCCCGCAUCGUCGUGAGAUUGCUCCUGGAGUCAUUGCCAUGCCUAAUAUGUCCAGGAGAAGCCUGGAGAAGUACGAAGAGAGGGUCAAUCAGAUGGCACUGAAGAAUCCAGAGAGAGAAGCUUACAUCAGGGCUAGAUUUGAAUCAAGCAGAUAUGCAAGAGCAGCAGGAAGAUCACUGCAUUAUGAUUCAGGCGAGGAUGAGAUUGAUCUGUCGCAGUUUGACAGAAGAAAACGCACCACCCAAGUUUACAGAGAGACUGUGUUUAAGAGGAUUUACACGAGGAUUGUCACGACUAUUGUCACCAGUUGGUAUUGGGUCACACAAGCUUUCAUGACAUCUGACAAAGCCAGCUACUACAAAAGCACAGAUCUCAGUCAAACUGAACAAAAAGGCUUCUUUCGGCGUUUUUGGUCAGCUGUUGCAAGCAGUUUCUUGUACGUUUUCCAACGUAUCUAUCUUUUGAUUGCUUCUGUGCUCCUCGUGGACACAUGGCUGCUGCAGACGAAGACGGAAGGAGGGCGCCACAAGAAGAAAUUCUUGUGGUUCUUAAUCUUCCUGCUUCCGCUGCUACUUUUCGGAGUUUUGUGUCUCUCUGAGGAAGAACAGAGAUCGCGAGUGUUUUCUGUUCUUCCCCUGUCGAUCGGCUGGAUACCAUCAGUGUUCACGUCAUUGUCUUCGCGGUCCUGGGCAGACUUCCUGCCUGAUCUGUCCGGCCUCCUACCCUCGUCUAGUCAGAAAAAACUCGAGGAGAGCCUCCAGCAGCAUCUCAGUGCUGAAGAGUAUAGUAAACUUCUGAGGCACAUUGACCAGUAUAUUGAUUCUGUGGUGAGUCAGAGGGAGCAAGAGAGGGCUUCCAGUGGUGAAUUAAAUCUCCUGAUAGCAAAAAUUAUCAGAGAGAACUCUGUGCUGUACAAAUAUGAGCUGACUGAUGAAGAUGUUGAGCGAAUUGUGAGGGUUGUUCUAGAGAGAUUAAAAGUUGACCGAGAAGUUCCUGUGAUUAAUCAGGAUCUCAUUGAGAAGAUCACAUUGUCUGUUCAGGAAGGUUUCCGGGGAGGAGGAUCUCAUAUGAAUACCGAUGAGAUUAUGCUAAAGAUCCUUCAAUCAGAUCAUUUGACUCAGUUAAUUGAUCAAAGGUUGAGAGAUCUUCCUCCUACUGUGGAUACCUCGAAAUAUGAUGAUCUUAUUGCCAAACUCUCCCUUGAGAUUACAAAGAUUAAGGAUGAUCUCUCAAGGCGCGAAAAUCGCGAUGAGGAUAUAAAUCUGACCCUUGAAGCAAUGAGAUCACAGCAAGAAAAUCUUGCUGGUCAGUUGUAUGACUACCGCCAAGAGAAUGAUUUGAAAUUCGAGAAGCUCUUGGCUGAAAUUGAGGUGAAGAUUGCAAAUCUUGGAGAUCAGCAAUACGCUGAAAUUGACAAACAAAUCCGCCGGGUUCUUGUUCAGAUCUUCAAUAUUGAUCAAAAUGCUGAGCAUUUAGAUGAGAAUGAUCUUAGAAGUUGGAUAAGAAAUGUUUUUGUUGCCAAAGAAUAUUUGGAGGCUCGUCUCGGGGAAAUCCAGAGACAAUUUGGUGGGCAUGUUGAGGAGGAGAUCCAGCGAUCAGCUGGAAUACUAAUGGCUAACAUAACAGAUACGCUAAGGCUAGAGAUUUUGUCCCUGAUUGAAGCGAAAACCUCUCAGAAUACCCAAAAUACCUUUAAAUUUGAUGCAAGUGAGGAUCACGUCAGGAGGAUUGUACGGGAAGCUCUGACAGUUUAUGAUGCUGAUAAAACGGGUCUUGUUGAUUAUGCACUAGAGUCAGCUGGAGGGCAGGUUCUUUCCACACGCUGCACUGAAAGUUAUCACACCAAAACCGCUCAGAUCAGCAUCUUUGGGAUCCCCCUCUGGUACCCAAGUAACACUCCAAGAACAGCAAUCUCUCCCAAUGUUCAACCUGGCAACUGCUGGGCCUUUCAAGGAUUUCCUGGGUUUUUAGUGCUCAAACUAAAUCUUCCAAUUCUCGUGACUGGCUUCACAAUGGAGCACAUACCAAAAUCCUUGGCACCAAAUGGACAAAUUGACUCGGCUCCGAAAGGUUUUUCCGUUUGGGGAUUGGUUGAUGAAUCUGAUCAGGAACCACUGCUGUUCGGUAAGUACAUUUUUGAGGACAAUGGCAGGAGUCUGCAAUAUUUUCCGGUUCAGAAUGAUGCCCUAACAAGGUUGCAUCAAGUGAUUGAGCUCAGAAUUGAAUCCAAUCACGACAAUCCGAGCUACACGUGCCUGUAUCGCUUCCGUGUCCAUGGAACUCCUCAAUCUUGAUGGUUUAAAAAGUGCUACUGAAUUCACCGAAAAGUGACUUACAAAAUACUUAAUUUUUCCUUGGAUUUUAUUUUGUUCUUACAAGAGCUUUCCAAGCAAUAAUUUCUCACAGAAAAAAAAAACUGAAAAUUUGUGAGGAAAUACGGUGUUUUCCACAAGGAAAAGAAUUGUAAAAGAAAAACAAAGAUUUAAUUGUAAUAUAAUGUUUUAUUUUGCAGAAUUAGAUUGCAAAAAUAGUAA